AUGGGAGAAAAUGGUGUGUGUGACCGUAUGUUAUCGGAGCUCAAAUCCACCGGAAAAAGUAAUGUCUUCCACAAGUGCAUACCAGCAAAAUCUGCUGUUCUUCCGGAAAAGCAGAGGAGCCCACCCCUGGCAAGAUUACCCUUUUCACAGUCAAACAACCCGAAACACAGAUCCAUCAUCACCUCAAGAACAACAAAAAAUACCACAACUGAGAGACACAGAGAAAUGGGUGCUGUGAUCAAGCUCGUAGACGCAAUACUCUUCUUCUUCUUCUUGCUCAUAGCUGUGGUAGCUCCACUCUUUGACGCCCAGAGUUGCCUCCCUCGAGACCUCUACCCGGAUUAUCUCGUCGACCUCAACACCUGGUAUAGCCGCGAGUACGGCGAUUACUUGAUCUCUGAGAAGCCCAACUUCUUCGUCGGCCUUGUCUGGCUCGAGCUUCUCUUCUUGUGGCCUCUUUCCAUCGCCAAUCUCUACGGCAUUGUCGCCGGAAAGUCUUGGCUUAGAACCACUAGCUUGAUCUAUGGCGUUUCCAUUUCCACUUCCAUGGUGAAAGCUAUGAUAGGGAGCAACAUAGCACUAUGA